AUGGAUAGCCGUCAUGGCCGUCAAGAUUCUGGCACAAAUAAACGUUCAGAAGCUGCUAAUAAGCCACCACCCAUAAUUACUACUAGAUCGAGGGCGCUUGACCGUUAUUUAAGUCUACAAACUCAUAUUUACAGGGAAGUGGUACAUGCUGUCGAAGAGAAUGGAGGUGAUGACGAUCAAAGAGCGGGUGAUUUAGAAGAUGAUUAUGAAUUGGAACAACUACUAAAUAUGGUCAGAAUCCCACCAUCUUUGGAAAAGUUUAUGAUUUGGACACUGCUGGCAUGUUCAGAUUGUUUCCUGCACUAUUUCACGAUCACACCUUUAAGAGUUGCUACUGGAUUUAUAGCCAAGUACUGGAGGGGUAAGAAUCGUAGGUCUUCGGAGAUGUACAAUGACAGGUGUAUGGUAUGUUUGAUACUAAUCGCAGCAUUUGUUCUCAACAGCCUGGAUACUUCAAAAGCUUACCAUAGGAUUAAACGUCAAAGUAGUGUAAAAUUAUACAUGUUAUUCAGCGUUUUGGAGAUGGCUAACAAAAUGCUAGCCAGCAUGGGUCAAAGUCUUUUCUCUGUACUGUUUUCAAGAAAGAACUCUCAAAGGGUGUUAUCAAAGCGCCUACUUAUGCAAGUACUAUGUUUGGUUUAUCUAAUAUCCCAUGGAUAUGUGAUGGUUUAUCAAAUAGUGGCAUUAAAUGUUGCAGUCAAUUCAUACUCCAAUGCUCUUUUGACGCUACUACUAUCGAUGCAAUUUGCGGAGAUUAAAGCUUCACUUUUCAAAAGAAUCGAUAAAGAAGGCUUGUUCCAAAUUUCCAUAGCAGACGUUGUGGAAAGAUACCAAUUGGUGCUUCUGCUAUUGGUCAUAGCCAUCAGAAAUAUGAUAGCUAAAUCCAAAUCACAAUCAAGCAUCAUACCGAAUUCUUGGACGCUUCAUUCCACUUCUUCUGUCAUCACGGGAAUCCUCUGUGGUCCCAUGGUUAAUGUGAUUGGUAGUGAAUUAGUGGUCGAUUGGGUUAAACAUGCAUACAUUACCAAGUUCAACCGCAUACGCCCCAAGAUCUACGACAAGUUUUUGCUCAUUGUAUGCAAAGACCAUUCCACGUCUUUACUAAAAUUUAGAGAUCGUUUGGGACUACCAAUUCCAGCACUUGUGGUAUCAUUUGUGGUAAUGAUAAGGCCAUCAUUUACUCAAGCAUUGAACUUUUCAAGCCCUCUACGCUGCAUAAUGGCAACUUCUACCUUGGCCAUUGGAUUUGCAAUACUUGUGGUUUUCAAGAUUGGGUUACACAUGCUACUAAUCAAAUGGGGACAAUUCAUUCUUGAUGGUAGGCAAUUGAACACUGCAGUAACUGAAAAUGAGUACGUUCCGGGAUUUCUUUCAGAUGGUUUAGGUAGAGUCGACAAUAAAUCAAGAUCAAUUAUCCACAUACGUGACUUCAACGUGGAACCAGACUCACCAAGCGCCGAUGAGAAUAUUUGUAAUGGUAAAAAUGUAGAACUCUCAGGGGCAAGCUCUCAAAAUGAUUUUUCGAACGAUAUACCGCCGGGUCCCAACGAUCUACGACAGCACAAGAACAGUAAGAACCCGCGUUCGCUAGAGAACGUUGCACGCUAUAAGAUGGUCUCCAAGCAGAUCUGGUGA